CAGUUGACUGUAGUUGCUGCGUCUGUUCAGUUGACGGUCGGUCGCCACAUGACGAGUUGCCUUGAACGCCUCUCGCUCAGUGUUUGAGAACGUUUCAGAGCUGCGGUUGUGAAACGUGGAGCGCAUCCGAGUACAAGACUGACACAACAUAAAACAUCAGUGCCAUGCUGCUUCUCAGACGCUGCCACAGCCUGACUCGAUUUGGCCUUCUCAACACUCAAAGGCUUGGAGUGGCACCUGCUGUGGCCUCGUGCGCAGUUCGUCUCUGGAGCAGCAGCAGUGAGGACCAGAGAUCGUACCAGCGUGCCCACGGUCCCAGUUGGAGACAUGCUCUGGCAGGGCUGCUGGCUGGUACCGGGGCUGUACUGGCUUAUGGCCUCCACCACCAAAAGGCUGAGCAGGAAGACACCAUUAGAGUGCAGACAAUAGAGAAGACCUCAGCUUUUCCCAUCUUCAGCCAGGAAGAGGUCACCAGUCACCGCUCACUGGAAGAUGGCGUGUGGGUCACUUACAAAGGGGGUGUCUAUGACAUCACUGAGUUUGUUGCCAUGCACCCUGGUGGGGAUAAAAUCUUGCUGGCAGCAGGUGGAGCCCUUGAACCCUUUUGGGCACUGUAUGCUGUACACAACCAGGAACAUGUGCUGGAAAUGCUCUCAGAGUAUAAGGUUGGUGAGCUGAGUGCAGAAGACCUGAAGAAGCAGAAAACCAUUAAGACAUCGGAUCCCUACUCUUCUGAACCUGAGCGUCACCCCGUCCUGCGCAUCAACAACCUCAAGCCCUUCAAUGCUGAGCCGCCUCCUGAAAUCCUCUCUGACAGCUUCAUCACCCCCUCUGCUGUCUUCUUCAAAAGAAACCACCUGCCAGUUCCUCAGGUGGACCCAGCUUCAUAUCAGCUGCAAGUCGAGGGACUUCCUGGAGGAGUGCUGACGCUGUCUUUAGAAGAGUUGAAGACUCGAUUUUCUAAACACACCGUCACUGCUACGCUGCAGUGUGCCGGUAACCGUCGCUCUGAGAUGAAUAAGGUCAAGCAGGUAAAGGGACUGAACUGGGGUAUUGCGGCAAUCAGUAAUGCAACAUGGGGCGGUGCGAGGCUUAGAGAUGUGCUGCUGGCUGCUGGAUACAGGCCCGAUGUGGCCCAGCGGGCUUUCCAUGUUCAGUUUGAAGGUCUGGACAAAGACGUGACGGGGACUACCUACGGUGCUUCCAUCCCUCUAAACAAGGCAGUUAGUGAGGAAGGAGAUGUGUUGCUGGCUUAUGAAAUGAAUGGUGUGGAUCUCCCUGCCGACCACGGCUACCCCGUCCGCGUUGUGGUACCAGGCACAGUGGGCGCACGCAAUGUUAAAUGGCUGGGGAAGAUCAUAGUGAGUGCAGACGAAAGCAGCAGCCACUGGCAGCAGAACGACUACAAGGGCUUCUCCCCGGGGACGGACUGGGACACAGUGGACUUCAAGUCUGCGCCGGCCAUCCAAGAGCUGCCUAGUCAGCAGCCAUCCACCACACCAGCAGACGGUGCUGUGGUUGAUCGCAGUUUGGAAGAGGUGGCUGUGAAGGGUUACGCCUGGAGUGGCGGAGGCAGAGAGGUAGUACGUGUCGAUGUUUCUCUGGAUGGAGGAAAUACAUGGCAGGGCCAACUGAGGAGCAGCGAGAAGGGACAAGCGCCUGAACCCUCGCCCCCACCGGGAAGAGCCUGGGCCUGGAAGCUGUGGGAGGUAACGGCUCCUCUUCCUACAGAGGCUCAGAAGUUGGAGAUUGUUUGCAAGGCGGUUGAUGACAGUUACAACAUGCAGCCGGACACAGUUGCUCCGAUCUGGAAUCUAAGGGGCGUGCUGAGUAACGCCUGGCACAGAGUGAGCGUGAAUAUCAGAGAGGAUGAGACCGAGGAAUAGACUCUGUGUUUAAAUCCACAUUCAAAAUCAAAAAGGUUUAUUGCUCAAAAGAGUCAUCAGAGAGUGGACAUUGUUUUAAAUCUUACACUCGCUUUGUGCCCAUUGCAACCCCGUUCACCCCUCUUAACAGUCGGAGGGGGAAAUGAGGUCUGAUACUUUGGUCAGAACCAUUGUUCGGACCAGAUUAUCUAGUCAUAAACCACCCAAACCAUUCACAGCCCAUCGGUGCCGCCGAUAUCCCCCCAAAAAAAAAUUAUAUUUAGACUUAAAUCUAGAUUAUGAUAAUGUCAGUACUUCCGAGUGGGACUACAAUAGCCAAUGAGAAAAAUGAGCCGGAGCAGCUGACGGUGUGGCCAAGCAACGGUAAAUGUUCUUGCCCUCGAGGUUGACAUUAGCUAGCAUACUGUUGUUGCCAGAAGUAAACAUUUGCUAAAUCCAGACUCAUUUAGCCUUCUGUUUUUAGUUUUUUUGUCACUGCAAAGCAUUAAUAGAGCAAAUUGUAGCAUCAACAUCAAUCUCCGUUUUGUUUACGUUUGCUUCCCAUGAGAUCAUGAGAGAGAUCGCGUGGUGUGUUGCUCUUCCUAAGCAUGAUAAUCUUAAAAUAUUCCUCCUUUAUUUUAAAAUCUUGAAACUCCUGUUGAAAAUCUGUUUCUUAGACAAUACAACAGAGGUUUUGAAAAGCUUGACUUGUGAAGCUGAUUCAUCGGGUUAAAAAUUAGGAAGUAAAAUCCCGAAAUUGGCUUCAUGGAAACAUCAGUGAAUUUAUGGUUAAAAGACUAAAUCGUUUUUUAUUUGCACUAACAUGAAAAAUAUCUAGAAGUAGUAAUUAGCUUCUCUCAUUCACACCACAGAUAGAUUGUUUUGCCAGCAUCCCCUAAGUCCAACAGGCCAAAAUAUAAAUGAAUAGAGAUAAACCUACACAUUUGAGUACUGUAUUGAAGCAGCAUGUGGUCUGUCUGCUAGCAUGGAACAUAACAAAUACGUAUUUACCAAAAGAGAGUAGAAAUAAGCAAUAAUAAUCUUCUGAUGGUAACAUCACCAAUGUUGUUUGCAACUUCUUCAAUGACUCAAUAGUGACAAAUCCAAUAAUAGUAAUUGUAUUAAUAACAUGCAUCAUAAAAACAUUUGUUUAUCUGCUGCUUUGGCUUUAUGAGAAGAUAAUACAACAUAUAUAUCUACAGUGUGUGUGUGUGUGUGUGUGUGUGUAUUUAAAUAUUUAUGACUAAUUAGUAAUGAGUAGUAGGCAUGACCACGAUCCAGACCACUGUCCCGACACCUCAGUGUGGGGAUGUAGCUGGGGUUCAGCUGGUUUAUUCCACCACACAACACUCUGCAGAGUACUUUGGGACCACAGUUUUGCCGGCCACUCUUUAAUGGGAAAAUGUACUUAUCUUUGAAGAUGAUAAAUAAAGAGUUCACAUUUUA